GCUAGCUUUCCCACUGCGGAAGCUGCUCUGCUCUGAAUCUUGAUGCUUUCCUCCAAAUCAAAAUGGAAUUUAUUCCUCUCCUUCACUCCUCCCUCUGUGCAGCCUGAGUCAUCUGUUCUUGGAAGGAGACUGUGAUAUUUAACUCGGCAAUGUCCCCCUCUCUCUCUGUGUGUGUGUGUCUUUGUGUGUGUGUGUGCAUGGAUCAUCUUGAUUCCAGCAGCAGUUGGCUAGCUGCGAAGAGACCGUGCCAUUACGUCACUGCGUGAACCGAUCUUCCCCAGAGAUUUGGGGAGAUGGUUGCUGGAGGUUGUGAUGCUCUCCGGGAGGGGUUUGGCUCUGGAUAUGUGUGUGCCUCUGUUUGUGUGGCUGCAAUGAUAGGCGAGUGGGGGGGGAAAAGCAGGGCUAGAGGAGCACUCUAAAACCACUUAGCCAGACGCGCCAGGGUAGGGCAUGCUUGCAGUACCCAAGUAUGAUCGUUUUUGGAACGACGCACUGACGCCCUCGGAGAAGGCAGCCAUGAGCAGCAAAGUCGUGGCGGCCACCUUGCACCCAUCCCCGGCACCCCCAGGAACUGGACCCCUAAGCCCUCCUCGCCCUCCUGCAUCUUCGUCUCCUCCGCUAGGCGAGGAACCGGAAUCCGGGACCACUUUCUGCAUGUUGAUCCCCAAGAUGCCCCAAUGGAAGUUCACGAGUCCCUCUGGGUUUCUCAGCCGGAGCCCUUCGAGUGCCAGUAAAGAGCUCUCGGGCAAAACCGGUGACAACAGCAACAACGCAACAUCGGCAGGGUCAACGUCGGGCCUGGCCGCAGUUCUCAGUGCCUGCGAACCGGUGUGUGCCACUCCCUGCAGCCUCCAGGUGAUGAACCGGCUGCGAGGAGGGCCGGCCGGCGGCAGGAAAGUGCCACGGGCCGAGGGCCACAAAGUGGCCGGAGAGGAGUGGAGCCGCAAAGGGAGUUUCAUCAGCAAGCCGGUCCAAGGGUGGCUCCAUCCGGAUGAAAGGGUCAUCAGUCCAGGAGUGUCAUACGUCGUCCGGUACAUGGGGUGUAUUGAGAUUCUCCGCUCUAUGAGGUCCUUGGAUUUCAAUACUCGGACGCAAGUUACCAAGGAAGCCAUCAACCGACUGUAUGAGGCAGUCCCAGGGGUCAAGGGGACGUGGAAGAAAAAGGCCCCGAACAAAGCUCUUUUCUCAAUCCUCGGCAAGAGUAACCUCCAUUUUGCUGGCCUUAGCAUUGUCAUCAACAUCUCCAUCGAUGGACUGAAUCUCAUGAUCCCGACAACCCGGCAGAUCAUCGCGAACCAUCAUAUGCAAUCCAUCUCCUUCGCUUCGGGGGGCGAUACGGACACAACAGACUAUGUGGCAUAUGUUGCAAAGGACCCCAUCAACCAGCGAGCGUGCCACAUCUUGGAAUGCUGCAACGGAUUGGCGCAGAGCGUCAUCAGCACGGUCGGACAGGCCUUCGAACUCCGCUUCAAGCAAUACCUUCACAGCCCUCCCAAAACCAUCAACCCACAGGAAAGGACGAUGGGGAUGGAAGAUUCGGGAUGGGGCGAGGAGGAGGAAACGUCGGAGCAUGACUACUACAACAGCAUCCCUGGCAAAGAGCCGCCCCUUGGAGGCCUGGUGGAUUCUCGCCUCCAGCAUAGCGCAUCGCUUGGCCACGUGCCAUUUUCGUAUGCCAGCCAUUUCAGCCAGGUUGGAUCCCCUUCCAGGAGAGAUCCCAGCAGUCAUGCAAACUUGAACUGGGAGGCUGACUCUCACGGGUUGAGCUCCGAUGGCUACGUUCAAGCAGAUGGAAAACCACUGGGAUCCCAAGAUUAUGAAGACCACAUGUAUGUGAACACCCAGAAUCUGGACAACUGGGAGGCGGAUCUUGGGGGGCACCGGCUGCUUGACAACAGCCCCCCCAAAGACCUGUUUGAUAUGAGGCCUUUCGAAGACGCUUUGAAGCUUCACGAAUCCAUGUCGGCUUGCGGCAUGGGCAGCGGCCUGCAUAUAGAGGACCACUGGCCCAGCCCACCAACCCGGAAAGCCCCCAUUGCCCCAACAGAAGAACAGUUGAAGCAAGAGCCGUGGUACCAUGGCAAGAUGAGCCGGAAGGAUGCGGAGAAACUGCUGCAGAUGGACGGAGACUUUUUGGUGAGGGAUAGCAUCACCAACCCAGGGCAAUAUGUCCUGACCGGAAUGCACAGCGGGCAGCCAAAGCAUUUGCUCCUGGUGGACCCUGAAGGAGUGGUGAGAACAAAGGAUGCCUUGUUCGAAAGCAUCAGCCAUCUGAUCAAUUACCACCUGCAGAACGAACAGCCGAUCGUGGCCGCCGAAAGUGAGCUACACCUGCGCCAGGUGGUAAGGUGGGAGCAGUGACCCUCCGGAAUCCGAACCCUCCAUGCAAAAUCCUAUGUUCGACGUCUCAUCGGCCCACCCUACUGAGCCUGGUGAUGCAGUCAAUAGGUAGCAGAAGCAAUGCCUUUUUGGAAAAAUAAAAGAGAGAUCCAACCAAAGAUACAGAAGGAUCUGUCCAUUUUGGAAAACCUAGGACAUGAUGGAAAAUGCGAGGUCCAGCUCAGCCGUUGUCUCUUGACUUCUGCCUCUUCAAAUCUGUUUUACUUCCUUUCCCCUUCUUCUUGCUUCCAGUCUCUUCUGUCGGUUUCUGGUGAUAAAAUGAGAAUUGACGGUAAACUGGCCUACCUUGCAAGUAGAGUUUAUUAGUGGGAAGGACCUAGCUAACUUUGAGCUUGUUGGUUGAGUUCAGGAAUGAACAAGAUAUGAAAUGGGAUGGGAGGCUUAGCAGGAAAAAAUUGAGCUCCUCUCCACCCGAAAAGACAUUCUUGCAAGUAAGCCGCAAAGAUCCAUAGCCAGUCCAUUACCUGCUUCUACUUUGCCCUGAAAGCUUGGCAGGGCUUUCUUUGUUAAUUCGGUUUGCUUGAACAGUGAUGAGGGAGCUCAGGGACGAUGCUGUAUUAAGUCUUGCCCUCCUUUUUCCUGCAAGUGGUUGUUUGGAGAGAAGACAACCGAGGAACAACUGCAAGUGCGAUGCUGCAGAUGUUUUCUCUGUAAAGGAUUUUGCCUGCCUGUUCCAGGACUUCCUUUUGAAUUAUUCAAGACUGUUCAGAAAUCCUACUUAAGAGUUGGCAACCAGAGGUGAUGAGGAUGCAUUCCCUCCUUCGCCACUAGGCCUCACUGUGGUGCAAGAAUUCAAAGAUAUAGCCGUAUUAGUCUCUGGAAUCAGGAUGCAGAGAGAUCUUGUCGCACCUUUGAAACCCAUGGAAAGAAAGAAAUUGGCAGCAUGAGCUUCCGUAGACUUCAGUCUACUUCCUCAGAUGCGGUGCAAGGACAGCUUGUAAGUCCCUUCUAUAGGAAUAUAACCCUAGCUUCUCUCUGAUCUGAAGGUUCCCCGUCCCACCUUGCUGGUUUGGCUUUGGUUUCUCCUUGCCCCGAUGAACGUCUGCCGGAUUUUUAACACAGGCGCAUAUAAUAUGACCAAUGCUAUCAUAAUCCGGUUCCCCAGAGGAGCACU